GAGUUAGUCAUUAAACAUGCAGAAAAUUUUGGGUCUUGUUAGUCUCAUUUUGACUUGUUGCGUGCUGCUCUAUGUUAUACUCUGGAUUAAUCUCUUUGAUCAGCAACCUGGUCUCUACAAAGAUGAAAACCCCUCUUACUCUGUUGAGCGUGAAUCCACCAUAACACCUAUUCCAGUUCUAUAUAAGAAGAACUUUAUGAAACUUCCUGACUGGGAUUUUGAAGAUGUAUAUUUGCAAGAUCAAACAAGAAUUACAACCUGUCCAAAAUCCCUACACAACACUAAGGAUCCCAAGUUCCGGGAAGCUGUGCUUUCCAACAUUCAGUUAUGGCUGUACAGAGGUCAACUCAACUUAUCAGAAUGGAAUCGACUGGCACACUUCAAUAAUCCUUUUGGCUUCAUGGAGUACAACUACAAUGAGGUAAAAGUAGCAGUGGAUUUGAUACCUAAGCCUAAGUCUUCAGUAUUACUGCCUGUGCCUGAAAGUGCAAAGGAUGACUGUAUCCGCUGUGCUGUUGUGGGUUCUGGUGGCAUUCUCAAUAACUCAAGGAUGGGAAAAGAGAUCGACUCCCAUGAUUAUGUUUUUCGAGUGAAUGGGGCACUUACAAAUGGAUAUGAGAAGGAUGUUGGAAGUAAAACAUCUGUCUACGUGCAUACAGCUUAUUCCUUAUAUUCCAGCCUUGAGAGAUUUAGACAAUAUGGCUAUGACAGGAUACCACAAGAUGAGGACAUCAAAUACGUCAUGAUCCCUGAAGGCCUGAGGGACUUCCAGUGGCUCCAAGGUCUAUUACAGAGAAAAGAAGCUACAGGGUACUUUAAGGGUGUGAGGCCACUGAAAUUCUUCAAUGGGCAUUUUAAUGAAAGUAGAUUCUAUGUUCUUCAUCCAGAUUUUCUUCGAUACAUUCGCAACAGAUUCAUGCCAUCCAACCAGCUGCAGUACAAAACCUGGGCAAUGUACAGACCAACCAAUGGAGCAUAUGCUUUGUUUUUGGCUAUUCACACAUGUGAUAUUGUGGAUGCUUAUGGAUUCAUCACAGAAGACCACCAUAAGUACUCCAACUAUUACUUUGAAAGGUUCAAAAAAACUAAUGUGAUUUUCUAUAUUAACCAUGACUAUGGCCUGGAGAUAAAGACUUGGAAGAAACUUCAUGACUCUGGAAUCAUUAGACUUUACCAAAGACAAGAGAAGUUGAACACAACAAAGACAUGAGGACUCCCUCUAUUCUGUGUGUUUGCACAUACUCUGUGUGCUUUACCAUUUUAAAAGAUAUCUCCAAAGCCAUAUCUCUGAUAGACAUUGUAUCAAGGUAAAUGUUUCACUGUGAAGAUGGACAACAUUUCCUAUUCAAAACAUGAACAAAGGAAAAGCUUCACACUGCAUGUGAAAGCAGGUUGUACUACCAUUCAUUAUCUUUUGUGUUUUUGGUCAUAUUUUAGGUAGUAUUUUUAUUUUUAUUUUACUAUAUAAUAAAGAGAUGAAGCACAUACAUUUUUAUAUU